AUGGCUAACGCAGCGACAUUCUUUGGGCAGGAUAUGCUUCUCAGGGCUGUCCUGGUCAACCUCCCACCCGGCCAGAUCCUACGCGCUCGUCAGGUCAAUCAGAGCUUCCUGGAGAACAUCGACAAUUCUCUCGAUGUCAGGCAGAGCGCGUUUCUGCUGCGCGACGCAAACGACCAGCAAGACAUCGUCUUCUGGUACCACGAUGGCUCGCCGACCGUCUGGCUGAUAUCGAUCAACGCACCACCCACGCAUGCGUCGCUUCUGGCUCAAAGCGUCGGCACGGCCACCCCUCCUGUCGCCUACAGGCGAUACAUCCUCAACUCGUCCGUCCUGCGCCCCGUCUCCGCCAACCUCGCCAAUCAGCAAGCUUCUGCGGCAUACUCGGCGAUGUGGCUCAGCCUGAUGGUGCCCUACCAUCCACCGAUGAACAUCACGACAUCACAAGCGCUCGCCCUGGACAUGCAGCUCGCAAAGCCGGCUGUCAUGACUGUCGAAGCGGGCGCAUAUGUGGGUCUCGUGUUUGCACAGACGUGGCAGACGAGGGCCCUGGUCACGAACAACAAUGGGAUCAGGGUUAGGGACGUUAUCGCUGAUCUCCAGGCCUGGCAAGCCACUCUCGCGGCUGGUCACUUCCUUCGCGAUCCGAGCAUUGCAUUCCUGGGGGUGUCUGGGUCACUCAGACUGAGAGGAAGAGGGUGGAAAGUUGAGGGAGAUGAUGGGGGUGAAGGUUGA